AUGAACCCGUCGUUUAUACAGGGGUCUCAAAACAGAAUGAUACGAAGAAGAAGGAGCCAAAAUAUGAAAAAAUGCAAGGACAAACUUGAAGAGAUUUGCAAAGGCUGGCACUCCACCAAAGAGAAAGUGAUUCCUGAAGAGGUGCAGGCGGCUCUUCUGCACCAGCAGCAGCUGUGUGAGGAGCUAUUACAAGACAAGAAAACAAUCAUGGAUUUCUUUCAGCAGGACAUAAAGGCCAGAGAUGAUGUCUUUGUGGCUGAUCUAAAGAAACAAACAGAGGAACUUCAACUAAUGCUGGAAAGAAUGGAGCAACAGGACAAAACUUUGACAAAAGCAUACAGAGAGGAGCUGGAUCAAUGGAAGGACAAUGUGCAAAAACAGGAAGAAAUGAUGCUCGCUGAAGAAAAAACAAAGUGGGAGAAGUGUAUGAAGAACCUUUUGGACACUGAGGUUGAUAGACUUUCAAAGAGAGAGCAGGCAGUGGAAGAGUUUAACGGCCAAAUUCACAAUCUGAUGUUUGAAACUUUGGAAAACUUCAACAUUGUUAGAAAUAAGGAAGUUGACGAAUUUCAGCGCAUAGAACUGGAAAUACACCAGAUCGAAACAGAGAAAAUCUUUUUAGAGCAGAAAAUUGAGGGACUAAAAGCUGAUAAUGCAAAAGUCAAGACGGAAUGCUCCCAGCUGAAAACGAAAGUAGCAAGUAAAAAGUCUGAACUGAAAAAACAACGGGCGAAUAAAGAAACAACUGAAGGAAAAAGAAAACAGCUUAUGGAGAAACAGCUGAAAGAGUUGAAUCAUAAAGCCCAGGACUAUGAACGUCUCCAGAAGAAGAAAAUUCACAUCGCUGUUAACGACGCCAUUCAAUAUGAGAACAUGUGGCUCUCACAAGACGCAGAGUGCAAGGAGCUGCUGGAGAGAGCUUUACACGUCGAAUCCAAAAUCCAUGAACACUUUUUGCAUUUACCCUGGGAGCAACCAAAUCUAAGCUUCGCAAAACCCGGGGUUAGAUGGGAGGGGUGCGGCCAGGAACAGGCAGAUGACUUAAAAACCUUUGCUCACAACGGAGAAUCAGUGACAGAAAGUGUAAACAGCAAGAGCGAGAAAGAAACGGAGAGAGAAAGCAACGUAGCGACUCCCAGGACUGCAAAGAGGCUCAUGGAGAUACUCUGUGAUGAGACGGAUGCUGAGGCUACAGAGCCCAGGUGCUCCACAGUUGAAGUUGAGGCCUCUGGUUCAGUGACUCCUGACCCCAUCGAUCGAACUGACAUCCUGGAAGCUCUGAAGUGCUUCCUCGACAAACAAGAGAAGUUAGAGAAUCCCUCCAGGGUGAAGUGGAGUGUGCAGAGUCUGGAGCCCCAGGAUAGCUCUAAAGAGAAGGCUUACUGGGAAAGUCUGGGCAACGCUAUCACAGCAGACAAACUGAAGGUCUGGGAGGUGAUGGAGAAGAAGCUGAAGCAGCACCACACUGUGAUGUCGAAAAUCUCCGAAUUCAAUCAGGAAGUCCAGAGUCUGCAGCAGGAGAACACAGAGCUGCAGAUGGUGUGCAUGCUUCUGCAACAGAGUGACUGA